GACCCGAAUAACAAAAGCCAGGCGGGUGGAGGCUCACUCUCUGCUCACAGCCUGAAACACAGGGACCCCCAAACCUGCGGAUAAUCCCCCCAAAACGGAGUACAGGAUCUGGGACCCCCAAACCUCAACCAGCCAUGAAAGCAGCUCUAGACAUCAAACCCACCUUAACCAUCAUCAAAACCGAGAAACCGGAGUAUGAGUCCUACCCGUGCACCGAUAUGGAAUGUGCGGACGUUCCCCUUCUAACGCCAAGCAGUAAGGAGAUGAUGUCACAGGCGUUACGAGCCACCUUUAGUGGAUUUGCCAAAGAACAGCAGCGUCUGGGAAUACCCAUAGACCCCCGGGAGUGGACAGAUGCCAAUGUAAGAGACUGGGUGUCUUGGGCUGUUAAUGAAUUUACUUUGAAAGGAGUGGACUUCCAGAAGUUUCGAAUGAACGGAGCCGCAUUGUGUGCCCUUGGCAAGGAGUGCUUCCUUGAACUCGCCCCAGAUUUUGUUGGGGACAUCUUAUGGGAGCACUUAGAGAUCCUGCAAAAAGAAGACUCAAAAUCAUAUCAAACAAGUGAGCUGCCCCCAGUGUACCCCGAACCCCGAUAUACCUCAGACUACUUUAUCAGUUACGGCAUUGAACAUGCUCAAUGUGUGCCCCCCUCCGAAUUCUCCGAACCCAGCUUCAUCACUGAGUCAUAUCAAACUCUGCAUCCCAUCAGCUCAGAAGAACUCUUGUCUUUGAAAUAUGAGACAGAGUAUUCUUCUUCUCUCUUGCGUGACCCUCUUCAGCCUGAUUCGCUACAGGGCGAGUAUUUUACCAUCAAGCAGGAGGUUGUAUCUCCUGACAACAUGUGCGUAGGACGUAUCAGCAGAGGCAAACUCGGUGGGCAAGAGUCGUUUGAAAGUAUUGAGAGCCAUGACAGCUGUGAUCGUCUCACACAAUCUUGGGGCAGCCAGUCGUCAUACAACAGCCUACAGCGUGUCCCAUCCUAUGACAGCUUCGACUCUGAGGAUUAUCCACCGGCAUUGCCCAGCCAUAAACCCAAAGGCACUUUCAAGGACUACGUCAGAGACAGGGCUGAGCUGAACAAAGACAAACCAGUAAUCCCGGCCGCUGCGCUCGCCGGUUACACAGGAACUGGACCCAUUCAGCUCUGGCAGUUCCUUCUCGAAUUGUUAACAGACAAAUCGUGUCAGUCUUUUAUCAGUUGGACGGGAGAUGGCUGGGAGUUUAAACUGUCAGACCCUGAUGAGGUUGCAAGGCGCUGGGGAAAGAGAAAAAACAAGCCUAAAAUGAACUACGAGAAGCUGAGUCGUGGGCUGCGCUAUUACUACGACAAGAACAUCAUACAUAAAACGGCAGGAAAACGAUAUGUCUACCGUUUUGUUUGUGAUUUGCAAAGCCUGCUGGGGUAUGUGCCCGAAGAGCUUCACGCCAUGCUCGACGUUAAGCCAGAUACGGACGAGUAGGAAGAUGUUUGUCGCUUAAAAACUGAAAAACCAUAGACCCAAGCGCCUUUAACUGCGCCUUUUUCACAGCCAUUAAGGCAGAUGCAAAGGAUUCUGGGACAAGCAUACAAAAACCGUGAAGGCGGGCAGCCGACCUGGGCGAGACUUAGGAAAAAACGGUUACUCUGCUGUGUCGUCAGGGAAUAGUCCAGGUCUUGUCUCGCCCACUUUAUACAUGGAACAGGAUCGCGAGCAACUUGCUUAUUUUAAAAGCCAUAUUAGUUCCAAAUGUUGUGCCAGUAUUUCCUAUAUUUUUAUUAAUUAGCGCAGUUUUCCUGUUCUUUGUUUCAUGCCUCCCCGUUUUACGUCAGCAGUUUCAACCGUCAGAAUGGGCGCAGGAAGCAGGAGGAGUCUUUAAAGCCCUUGGCUAUUUUGUUAAAAAAAAAACAACAUUACAGUUUCAAACCAUUGUCUGAACUCUCCUCUGCAAACUGGGUUUCAAAGGAUAUUUUACACCAGAAUGGAGAAACUGUAGCGUGUGGGACAGACAAGGUGAUUCAGAUACUUUUUGGCCAUAUUCCUGCAGCGUUUGGAAGACGUGAGGAAUUUCUCUCAGGACCAAUCAGAGUCCUCACCCAUGCUGAGAACGACCUCCGUGUGGACAUACACUUUUCUUAUUUUAUAUUUGAAUUUACGUUUUGCUGAGCCACACCCCAUAUGAUCAUAUUUACAUUGUGUACACAGUGCUGAGCAUUCCCAGAUUGUAUUUUUACAGAGAAAAAAAAAGUAUAAGUGUAUAUAUUUUAUAAGAAACUUUUUUUUUUUAUUAGAAGGAUGUACAGUUAUAUUAUGAAUAGCGUGCGUUAGCUUUUUUAUACCAGUGCCAAAAGGCAUGACCGCCCUACUUCCCCCAGUACGUCACACUGGCACAGGUACCGAGCUUGGUAUUCUUAAUGCUUUUGCAAUUUCAUAGGGAAUUAAAUUAAACUCUGCAUUAUUUCGUUAUCACACAGACCAAAGGAUGCCUUAACCCAAGUUCCAUUAUUCGAACUCUUCCGUUACCGGACGGUGAGCUGACCAGAAUGAGUUAUUGCUCACCUCGCUAGCACUCUGCCUGACAUUUCAAAUGCUCAAAGAGAGUAGAAUUGUAUGGUUUUACGUGGGACCAGAAUUAUUUUGUAAAGUUUUAGUGAUAAUCUUCUGCAACCUAUUUAACAUCUGAGGGGAAAAAAGUUAUUUUGAAUAAGUAUUUCAUGGUUACAAAUCCAAUUCCAAAUACGUUAUUACAUUUUAAAGACACAUUGCGUUGAGUUUUAUUGUUUUGGAGCUCUGUGAUACACUCACACACUGUACAUUACUAUGAGUUGUAUUGCUGUGGAGCUCUGUGAUACACUCACACACACUGUACAUUGCUGUGAGUUGUAUUGCUGUAGAGCUCUGUGAUACUCACAAACUGUACAUUACUGUGAGUUGUAUUGCUCUAGAGCUCUGUGAUACUCACAAACUGUACAUUACUGUGAGUUGUAUUGCUCUAGAGCUCUGUGAUACACUCACUGUGAGUUGUAUUGCUGUAGAGCUCUAUGAUACACUCACUGUGAGUUGUAUUGCUGUAGAGCUCUGUGACACACUCCCUGUGAGUUGUAGUGCUGUAGAGCUCUGUGAUACACUCACACACACUGUACAUUGCUGUGAGUUGUACUGCUAUGGAGCUUAAAUCCUCUUCUCCCACUUACAGCAAAAUAACAAAAUGCUUAGUUACCAUGUAAACAUGACAAUAAACUAUUCUGCUUAGUAAAUUGUUUAUAUAGAGCAGCAGGCAGUUGAUUUGGUCUGAAAAUGCUAUUUCGAAAAAUGUGUUACUUCCUUUGAGAAGUGCUGGCUCUCACAGAGCUUUGGGGUAUAUGUGCGACAUUAAAGCUAUCACAUUCCCAUAUCUAUCUGGGGAGAAAGGGGGACAAUUUGCGCAGAGAAUAGUCUGCUGUGUAUAUUCCAGGGGUUUGCUUCUUUAUCCUUUUCCAAAUGGAAGGUUUAGUUUUGUGCUACUGAAAAUAUAAUUUAAAAAAUGACAAAGGUUUAUGGGAGGAUGCAUUCUCUUGCUAAUGUAUAGUUUAUUUCCCCCUCCCCUUCCAUUAAGAAGUUAAGGGUAAUAUUUAAAGAACCAGUCACUUGAACCAGAACCAGUAAUGUGACUGCGUCCUUUUUUCUUAUUUGACUCAUUUUAUGCAUGGAUAGCUACAUGCAUGAAAUAGGCUGAAUGCAGACAAACUACGUGUUAUGCUGAGUGCAGUAAGCGUGAGCUUUGUGGACAAACAUUCCAUUACUCUCCACCUGCUACACGUUACCUUAGAACACACUGUAAAUUAGGAGACAGGAUUCUUCCUCUGUUAUGUCUCCUGUAGACAUACAAAGAAGAACAGUAAUGCAUUAGUUGAGUCAAAAACGUAUUGUCCAUCCAUCAAUGCGCAAUUCAGUCUGUGGCAUUUAAAUGAGGAACUGCAUUAAAUAUUAAUUGUCUUCUCUCCCCCACUGGUGGUGAAUCAUCCCAGCCAGUGCUUAACGCUAGGAGUACCAGAUAAGAGUUUAUUAUACAUAAGAUUGGGUUUACCGAGAAGUUGAAAUAUUUUUCGAUGGAAAUACUGGAUGUUUGUGUAAUCUAUAGUUUGCAUAACAAGAAUUAUUACAUUUUAGCAAUUUGAUCAGCUAUCCGUUUGCUCUCUGUCACACGUAAUGAACAUGUAAUAAUAAGUGUCAAUAUUUAUUGUGUUGGCACUAAAUUAUGGAAUGGUGCAGGUAUUGGAGGUAAUCCAAUCAUAAUGAGUGUCUUUGAGCAUUCACUGAGGGACCUAUUAUCGAAACAGUGGACAAUCAAUGUGCAAAACUUCAACCAAAAUAGGAAAGAUUAGGAACGUUUGUUUUCCCCCCCAGAUCUGCAUUCUUUUAUU